AUGGCUCGAUCUGCGCUUCUAGUGCUCUCCCUUGCGCUGCUCGUCGUCUUCGCGCGCGCCGGAAGCCCCAUCACGAGCUCCUCCGCGAAUGAGAAACCCGAUCCGAGCGGAAAGAAGGACGACGGGCUCAUGACAGACAUUCCGCAAGACAUCGCGAAACAGGCUGCGACGGGUAACGCGGCAGGUGUAACAUACGUCGAUACCGCGCAGGAUUCGUUUUUCAUGGCUGACGUGAAAAAGGCCGGGUGGAACGCGCAGAAAUGCCCCCCGUACAUUCCCGAUAUUACCAUCGACGGGAAGAAGGGCAAAGGCGCGUGCUAUUUGAUUCACGACCAGAUUGAUUUCACGUGCGGUGAGAUGACCGCGCAGUACAGUACCGAGACGAAGCCCGUGCAUCUCCAGGUGCGCAUCGGCGGCGAGUGUAACCCUAGCCCGAAAAUUCUUAACGACCCGCAUCUGGUCGGCGCGCAAGGCACGCAUUUCGACUUCAACGGCCGGCCCGACAAGGCGUUCUGCCUGCUCACCGACAGGAACCUUCACAUGAACAUGCUCCUGAGGGUUAUUUAUGACGAGAACACCGAUAAUGCGGCACUUGUUGUUGACGGGAAGGCCGUGCACACGUGGAUUAAGGAGCUGGGUAUUGUGUGGACGGCUGGAGGCGUGGACCGUAAGUUCCGGAUCGCGGCGCGCGGCGGCAAGCAGCAGGAGCGCGGCGACGGGUUCGUGAAGAGCAUCGAGAUUGACGGCGAGGAGAUUCCGCGCAUGCAGGUUGGCGAUAGGGUUACCAGCGACGGUGGACUGACGAUCGAAUUCCGCGGGUUGGAGAAGGAGGGGCCGUUCGAUGUGGAUUAUUACAUGCUGUCCAUCGCAGGGUUAAUUACCCUCGACCUGCGCCUGCGCGUCGCGCAUCCCAAGCUCCAGACCCCCACGGAUGCCGAGGCGCACAUCAACGUCGGGAUUGCCGAGCUCGAGCAUACGGAGGAGAUUCACGGUGUGCUCGGGCAAACAUACCGCGCAGACCACGCUGCCCGCGCCGCGGAUUUCCAGCGCCUCGUCGCGAACCUGCACCGUCCGAUCUCCGCCGAUGGCGCGGAGGGGAAGGGCUUUUUGGAUGGGACACCCCGGUCCUACGAGGCGAGCGAUGUGCUUGCUGUGGACUGCGCUUAUACCGCGUAUGGCCGCGCCAGGAAGGUGAUGCCCGUGCAGGAAUUCCCGUAA